GGGGGGAGUCUGCCUGGACCUCAGCUCCUUCCAGCUCCGUCCUAGUCCAGAUUCAGAAUGCCUGCAAUGGGGGAAGGGCAGCCAGUGAGACAGUUCACAGUGGGGGGUGUGCGUAGGGGCUGCAGACAGCAGCCAGGCUCCCCCACUGGCCGGCAGUUGGUAUGCUCCAGGAUCUGAGCAGCUCCUUCUAGCAUCCUUCAUCCUUCAGGUACCAGCGUCUGGCAGUGCUUGAGCUGCAGGAACUGGGACCAGCCCUCGACAGACUUCUGACCUGACCUCCCCAGUGGACUUCUUUGUAUUAACUGCUUCUGCUGCAGCAGCAGAUACUUUCAGCUGCAACUCCCUGCAAGGUGGGGCACCCAUCUCAGGUUUUGUGCACCCCACUGACUACUCCCCAGGGCUGCUGCUGCCUGUGGCCUCAGGAUGAAAGGGGAGACCCCUGUGAACAGCACUAUGAGUAUUGGGCAAGCCCGCAAGAUGGUGGAACAGCUUAAGAUUGAAGCCAGCUUGUGCCGGAUAAAGGUGUCCAAGGCAGCAGCAGACUUGAUGACUUACUGUGAUGCCCACGCCUGUGAGGAUCCCCUCAUCACCCCUGUGCCCACUUCGGAGAACCCCUUCCGGGAGAAGAAGUUCUUCUGUGCCCUCCUCUGAGUUGCCCUGUCCCUCGGCACAAGCUCUGAACCUUUCCCUCUCCUAGGCCCUUCCUUAGGUCAGUAACUGUCGUGAGCCCCUGAGGGUCCCUGCAUCCCAUCCCUAGCCGUUGUCCAACCCUAUGAGGUUAUCUGAAGCACAAAGCUCUCCUUCACCAUCUGUCGACCCCAUUUCCUCGCCCACUGGGGCGGACCCCAAGUACCCCCUGACCCAGGGCCCCCUUAGCUCCAUCCCCAGAAGGGCCGUUCAGACUCUGCCAGCGUCCUGCCGGCUUCUCUCUGUGACCCGCUCAGACAAUGGAGAGAGGGAUGGGCCGGGUGCUUGCUCUCAGUCUCACCUGGAGCUAUGAGAAGGGUAAAGCCAUUUGAAGAAUAAAGUCAUCCAGAGUCUCAGAGG